AAGAGAGUGGAUAUUAAGGAUUUAUUCUCCUGCACAUGCAACAAGUUAAAGUUGUUCCACGAAAAAGUUUCUUCUGAAGAAUAUGAGCACCAUUAGGCUUAUGAAUUGAAAACUAAAGUUCCAGGACAUGGUCCAUAUUGAAGGAAGAAGGACAAGAUCUCUUUUUGGGUUGCUGUGAAGAUUGGAUUUACUUAACUGCUUUAUUCAAAUGAUUCCAAUUCUCUUUUGCAGUUGGCUUAUAAAGAGAGCCUUGUGCCAUCCUUCACCUACAAGAGAAGCAGAUAAGCCUUUGGGAGAAGGAUGGAUGGCGCAUGCCCUGGCAUUCCAGAAAAAUAAAGCAGAUGAAUCUGAAGUGAUAAGUUUCAGCUACUCAGAGAUCUGAUCUGCAUAGUGCUACCUAGAUCAAAGAAGACAGUAGAGAAGGAGAUGUAUCAUCAAGGCCACAACAACAUCCUCUCUUCUAGGACAACAUUUCCUCCAGAGAGGCAUUUGUCAUUGCAACAAGGGGGAAGCAUUUCGAAUGAGUCGGGGCUAGUUCUAUCAACUGAUGCAAAGCCAAGGCUGAAGUGGACACCUGAACUCCAUGACAGAUUCAUAGAAGCAGUUAAUCAACUAGGCGGCGCAGACAAGGCGACACCAAAAACAGUCAUGAGACUCAUGGGCAUUCCUGGACUAACAUUGUAUCACCUGAAAAGCCAUCUUCAGAAGUACAGACUCAGCAAAAAUCUCCAAGCUCAAGCAAACAUGGGAAGUAUUAAGAGUGUUGUAGUUUGUAAGCUAGCAGCAGAGAGAACAAAUGAAAGUAAUAAUAUAUCAGCCAUGACCAAGACAAAUAUUGAUCCCCAGCCAAAUAAGCCUAUUCAGAUAAAUGAAGCACUUCAAAUACAAAUUGAAGUACAAAGACGGCUACAAGAACAACUAGAGAAGCAUUUACAACUUCGAAUAGAGGCACAGGGGAAAUACUUGCAGUCUGUGCUGGAGAAAGCUCAAGAGACACUUGGGAAGCAGAAUUUGGGUACUCCAGGAUUGGAAGCUGCUAAAGUUCAACUCUCUGAACUAGUAUCCAAAGUCUCGAAUGAAUGCUUCAGCAAUCCAUUUCCAGGCUUCGAAGAUAUUACCCACCUGAAUAAUAAUCUACCAGAGUAUCAAGUGCAACUUGCCGACUGUUCAGUAGAUAGUUGUCUUACAUCUUCUCAAGAAUCACAAAAGAAUCAAAACAUAAAUAAUCUCCAUCGGGGUCUAAGAAAUUAUAAUGGCAGCUUACUGCUUUGUAGAGAAAAAGUGCAUGAUGGUACUAGGCUUGAGAACACUAAACCUGCAUGGUUUUAUUCAAGUGAACAGAAGCCUUUUUCCUCAUCCAUUUUAGGAGAUUCUGAAAGGACACCUCUCUCGGCCUGUAACUUCAAGGUGCAUCCUUUAAGUUCUGAAGCUCAAAUAGGAGGGCCUAUUUCACAGGCUUGGCAUAAGGAAAGAAGUGAUGGAGCCAUGUUUCUUGAGAACGCACACAACAGGAAGCAUGCAGAACAACAGAGCAGAGAAAAGGAAUCAAGUAGUUUCGGUAAGGCAAUUAGUUUUGGAAUAUCUAGUCAUGCAGCGCAACUAGACCUCAAUGCUGACGAAGAUAACGAAGGUGCAACAAAUAGCAAAUUUGAUUUGAAUGGUUUCAGUUGGACCUAAUUUGUGACUUCAAAACAAGUACAAAAGAGAAUAUUCUAUAGUGGCUGGAGUCAAAUAUUGUAAGGCAUGUUUACCUGUAUAUAAAGGAAUUAUACAUUUUGCCUAGAG